UUGACCCAACAGAAAGGAGGCGUGGCAUCAGGAUUCAAGCACGUGGUACCCAAUGAAGUGGUGGUGCAGAGACUCUUCCAGGUCAAAGGGCGGCGUGUGGUCCGUGCCACUGAGGUGCCCGUGUCCUGGGAGAGCUUCAACAAUGGUGACUGCUUCAUCUUGGACCUGGGAAACGACAUCUACCAGUGGUGUGGCUCCAAUAGUAACCGAUUUGAGAGGCUGAAGGCCACACAGGUGUCCAAGGGCAUCCGGGACAACGAGCGGAGUGGCCGGGCCCGAGUGCACGUGUCGGAGGAGGGCGCUGAGCCUGAGGCGAUGCUCCAGGUGCUGGGCCCUAAGCCGGCUCUGCCUGCAGGUAUGGAAGACACAGCCAAGGAGGAUGCGGCCAACCGCAGGCUGGCCAAGCUCUACAAGGUCUCCAAUGGUGCGGGCACCAUGUCGGUCUCCCUCGUGGCUGAUGAGAACCCCUUCGCCCAGGGGGCCUUGAGGUCUGAGGACUGCUUCAUCCUGGACCAUGGCAGAGAUGGGAAAAUCUUUGUCUGGAAAGGCAAGCAGGCCAACGUGGAGGAAAGGAAGGCUGCCCUCAAAACGGCCUCCGACUUCAUCUCCAAGAUGGACUACCCCAGGCAGACCCAGGUCUCCGUCCUUCCUGAGGGUGGCGAGACCCCGCUGUUCAAGCAGUUCUUCAAGAACUGGCGGGACCCAGACCAGACAGACGGCCCAGGCUUGGCCUACCUCUCCAGCCACAUUGCCAAUGUGGAGCGCAUGCCCUUCGAUGCUGCCACCCUGCACACGUCCACUGCCAUGGCAGCCCAGCACAGCAUGGAUGACGACGGCUCAGGCCAGAAACAGAUCUGGAGAAUCGAAGGCUCCAACAAAGUGCCUGUGGACCCCUCCAUGUACGGGCAGUUCUACGGUGGGGACAGUUACAUCAUUCUGUACAACUACCGUCACGGUGGCCGUCAGGGACAGAUCAUCUACAACUGGCAGGGUGCCCAGUCCACGCAGGAUGAGGUCGCUGCGUCUGCCAUCCUGACUGCCCAGCUGGAUGAGGAGCUCGGGGGGUCCCCUGUGCAGAGUCGUGUGGUCCAAGGCAAGGAGCCAGCCCACCUCAUGAGCCUGUUUGGCGGGAAACCUAUGAUCAUCUAUAAGGGUGGCACGUCCCGUGAGGGCGGGCAGACGGCCCCUGCCAGUACCCGCCUCUUCCAGGUCCGGGCCAGCAGCUCUGGAGCCACCAGAGCCGUUGAGAUAAUUCCUAAGGCUGGUGCGCUGAACUCCAAUGAUGCCUUUGUCCUGAAAACUCCCUUGGCUGCCUACUUGUGGGUGGGUGCCGGAGCCAGUGAGGUGGAGAAGACGGGGGCCCGGGAGCUGCUCAGGGUCCUGCGGGUCCAACCUGUGCAGGUGGCAGAAGGCAGUGAGCCAGACAGCUUCUGGGAGGCCCUGGGCGGCAAGGCUGUCUACCGCACGUCCCCGCGGCUAAAGGACAAGAAGAUGGACGCCCACCCUCCUCGCCUCUUUGCCUGCUCCAACAAGAUCGGACGUUUUGUGAUCGAAGAGGUUCCUGGCGAGCUCAUGCAGGAAGACCUGGCCACAGAUGACGUCAUGCUCCUGGACACCUGGGACCAGGUCUUUGUCUGGGUUGGAAAGGAUUCUCAAGAAGAGGAGAAGACAGAAGCGUUGAGCUCUGCUAAGCGAUAUAUCGAGACGGACCCAGCUAAUCGCGACAGGCGGACCCCCAUCACCAUCGUGAAGCAAGGCUUUGAGCCUCCCUCCUUCGUGGGCUGGUUCCUCGGCUGGGAUGACAGCUACUGGUCUGUGGACCCCUUGGACAGGGCCAUGGCUGAACUGGCAGCCUGAAGGAGAGACCCCACCCCUGCCCCCGGUCAGUGCCUUUUCUAACAGUCCAUCCGUCGGAGACCUUACAGCGAGCAGGGCCUCUCUGGUGUGUGUGAGUGUGUUUUUACCGUAGCCUAAAACAGCCACGUGAAAAUUCAGGGUCCUUGCGAAAAUUGUCUCAAGUAUCUGUGCUUUUGGAAAAUUGAAUUCAAUAAAAAGCUUUUGGAAGUGUG